AUGAUUGUUAAAGAAAAUAAAACGCUUUCACUUGCAUUGUUGGUGCUCGUGUUGCUAAAUUAUUCGAACACCGUUGCGGGAGAUCCUCUUAUUACAGGAUUGUUCGUGUUCGGAGACUCACUUGUUGAUGUUGGUAACAACAAUUAUCUUAGCUCAAUUGCAAAGGCAAAUUAUUAUCCUUAUGGUGUUGAUUUUGAAUUUGGCACCACUGGUAGAUUUUCCAAUGGCAAAACCUUUGUUGAUUUUCUUGCAAGGAUGCUAGGUGUGCCAUACCCCCCAGCCUUUGCAGAUCCAAACACAAAUGGAGCAAGAAUUCUUGGUGGAGUCAAUUAUGCUUCUGCAGCUGCUGGUAUUCUUGACGAAUCAGGCCAACAUUAUGGUCAGAGAUAUACUCUAAGCCAACAAGUGCUGAAUUUUGAGACGAACACGUUGAAUCAAUUAAGAUCGAUGAUGGGUGCAAGUAAAUUGACUGAUUAUCUUGCCAAAUCCAUUUCAAUUUUGGCUUUUGGGAGCAAUGACUAUAUCAACAACUAUCUCUUGUCUACUUACCCUUCCCAAUACACCUACACUCCCCAACAAUUUGCUAAUCUCUUACUCAAUCGCUAUGCAAGACAACUUCUGGCACUAUAUAGUGUAGGACUCAGAAAAUUCUUAGUAGCUGGAAUUGGACCUCUUGGUUGCAUCCCUAAUCAGAGAGCUCAAGCACCUUCUGGAAGAUGUAAUGAUUAUGCAAAUCAAAUACUUGGAACAUUCAAUGAAGGACUCAAACCACUUAUGGAUGAAUUGAACAAGCGAUGCCCUGGUGCAAUUUUUGUGUCCUUUAACACUUAUGCUGCUGUUGGUGACAUCCUUAAUAACCCUGCAACAUUUGGAUUCAAUACUGUUGAUAGGGCAUGCUGUGGAAUAGGGAGGAGCCAAGGGCAAAUAACAUGUCUUCCAUAUGUAAUGCCAUGUUUUAAUAGAAAUCAAUUUGUGUUUUGGGAUGCUUUCCAUCCAACAGAUGCUGUUAAUGCCAUUCUUGCAAGGAAAGCAGCUUAUGGCUCAUCUAUGGAUUAUUGGUACCCCUUCAAUCUACUCAACAUCACUCUCAACCAAUGA